AAGUUGUGAGGGUCCGCUCCCUGUCUGCGCAAACUGCGAAGAACAGAAACGCAAUGGCGACCGAACUGGAGGAAUUACUGGGAUUUCUAUCGUCUCCGUCUCCUCAAAUUACAAAGGCGGCAGUGGACAUUGUUCGGGGAUUAACUGGCUCUGAGGAUGGCUUGCAAUCUCUUGCCAAAUACUCGAAGAUCGCGCUUCCAUCACUAUCUCGGCUCCUAACUGGGCCAAAGGAGGUGUCGGAACCUGCGGCGGAAGCUCUUGUAAAUCUUUCACAAAACUCUGAUGUAGCCGCAAAGAUGGUUGAGAUGGGAACGAUUAAAAUGAUCAUGGAAAUUCUUUAUAAGCCAGACUCUAGCAUAACACGCUUGCUGAUUAUGCUUCUAGUUAAUCUCACACAGUUGGAUGAUGGUAUUGCUUCAUUGCUUCAGACUGAGGAUGAGAAGAUGCACGGACUGCAUGUCAUGAAGCUCGUCAGAUCAUUUUGUAGAUCCUCAAGUGAAUCUAGCGAUGAUCCAUUUGAGCAUGUUGGUUCGAUACUUGUAAACAUCUCAAAGCAGGAAGCAGGAAGGAAACUUCUACUGGACCCUAAGCGGGGACUUCUGAAGCAAAUUAUUAGACAGUUUGAUUCAAGUAGUCCAUUGAGAAAGAAGGGGGUUUCUGGAACUAUUCGCAACUGUUGUUUUGAGGCUGAGAGUGAGCUACAGAAUUUGCUUUUGAUAUCAGAGUUUCUUUGGCCAGCGUUACUUCUACCAGUUGCUGGCAACAAGAUUUAUAAUGAACAGGACAUAUCGAAAAUGCCACUUGAGCUUGGGAGUGCACUAGCAAUUGAGCGUGAACCAGUUACUGAUCCUGAAAUUCGAGUCCAAACAUUAGAGGCUGUAUACUUGAUCACAUUACAGGAGGCAGGUCGAAGUGCUUUUUGGUCUGUCAAUGGACCGAGAAUACUUCAAGUGGGGUAUGAGGAAGAGGAGGAUCCAAAAGUAAUGGAAGCAUAUGAGCGAGUUGGCUCUUUGCUGGUUGAUAACAGCAGCACAGGGGGACCAUCCAUUGAGACAUAAAAUUAGCAGUACGAUCUUUACGUGUUCAUUCAGUUUGACAUGAACUUUAUGCGGGUUUUGAAGGUCAAUGCAGCUUGUCAGCAUAGACUUAGAUUUUGGUUAUUUUAUGGGCGUAUGUAUUAUGACUUAAAAUUUUACCUUAUCAGCAUAACAAUUAGGAAAGCCUUUCACAACAUGUAGUGUAGGGACUUUACUGGUUCAUAUCCCAUGAAAGGGCAUAAAAGGGCCCUGGUGGGUAGGAGAGGCAAUUGCCACUCUCAGCUUUUUUGAUGAACCUGCUUAAGCAUCUUCUUGUUGUC